GCUGAGAGCACGUACAUGGUCGAGCGCCAGGUCGCGGAGUUUCUGGGGACCGAGAGGACGUAUCAUUGCCAGUUUCUCCAGCUGCUGGAGCGGGAGCGGCGCGUGGGCGAGUUGGACCCGCAGUGCGUGUCGGCCAAGAUGUUGCCAGAUGGGCACGAGUUACUCCUGUGGAAGCCCACUCGACGUAGGCCUGCUCCGCCGUUGCUGGACGGCGACGGCGACGACGACCCCAAUGAGUCCGAGCCGUCCGAGGGCGCUGGCGAGGAUGAGCAGGGCGAGG